GACCGCAGUCCGGAAUCGGUUCGAUCUCUUUGGAAUCGUAUUUUAGCUCUUAUUGUCUCCUCAUGGUUUAGUCUGUGUACUUCUGUUAUUGAAGUUGGAUAGUUAUUUUUUUUAAUUAUUAAGUAGUGUGAAGUUGAAAUAACAGCUUAACCAUGGCCGAGCUGGUAGAAUUACAGGUUGAGGAUAUGAUCCCUGAGCUGGAGAUGAUGGAUAAAUUAGGAAUAUUAAAUACAAAUGAAAAAAGAAAUGUAAUAAAAAAGAGAAAAAUGCAUGAACAUAGACUGCAGAGAGUUACUAAGUCAAAGGACGACAUACUGAGAUACAUCAAGUUUGAAGUAGAAUUAUUGAUGGUGGUCAAGCAAAAGACACAAGAGAAAGGAAUACAUCUGAAGAAAAAUAACUUGGUUUAUAGUAUUACUAAUCGUGUCAACAGGCUAUAUACUAUUGCCAUAAGAAGAUUCCCAAGUGAUUGCAAACUAUGGGUAUCCUAUCUCAAAUUUUGUAAGCAAGUGAAACUUUAUACAUGUGUGAGCCGAUUACUUGAUCAAAUGUUGGAACUACAUGGCGAUAAACCAGGCCUUUUUAAAAUAGCUGCCAAUUGGGAAUUUAAUGACUGCCGUUCAAUAGAACGUGCACGCAGGUUUAUACACCAAGGCCUUCAUAUUCACAAAGACUCCAAAUUGCUCUUUACAGAAGGAUUUAGACUUGAGCUGGCAUAUACUAACCAGAAAUUGUUAGAAGCAAAAGGUAAAGUGGAAAAAAAGGAAAAUGAUUCACCAGCUGAUCCAAUUAUUGAAGGAAAUUUAGCUGAGGUUAUUUAUGCCUCUGCUGUAAAGAAAAUAAAUGAUGUUACAUUUUUCGUCAAUCUGCUAAAUAUUGCUCAAGGAUAUGAUUUUACAUCUUCUCUUCAAGAAAAGAUUGUAGAGGGAAUGAAAAAUAAAUACCCAAAUGAAGAAAUAACUUGGGAUACUAUGGCCAGGAGAGAACAUGAACGGGGUGGUACAUUACAAGAAAAAAUUAGGAAGUGCAUAUCAGUAUAUGAGGAUGGAUUGAAAAAUGUUCCAACAAGAAAAAUGUGGUCGCUUUAUCUUGAUUACAUUUUAAAUCUAAACGAUGACCCUGCUGCACUGCCUGAAUUUAAGAAAGAUUGUUUAAAGAAUGCUUUUGAAGCUGCACACAGAGAAAACAUGCUUUCUGAAAAACACUAUUUUCUUUGGCUCAAGAAAGUUGAAGAUGUUGAUGCUUACAAGAUCCUGAAAUGGGGAACUGAGAGGUUAGAGUCAAGUAGUAAACUUUGGUCAUGGAGACUGCGCUAUCAUCUCAGCAAAUCUGAUGAAGAAGGAGCUAUGGCUGUGUUUAAGGAGAUCAUCUCAAACCCAAAUAUCCCAGAUCAAGCCAAUAUCUGGUUGCUGGUCCUCAAGUGUUACCAAAUCAUUGAUACUAAAAAGGCUGAAAGUUUGUGGGAAGAAGGUGUAAACAAUCCCAUCGUUGGUGCAGCUCUCAAAGGACGAUAUAUCGAAUGGUUGUCCAUGACUAGAGGAAUCAAGGUUGCAAGGAGAGCAUAUGUAAUUCUGGCAAUGACACCUCCCUUUUCACUUGGACUUCAUGAGGCUAUGUACAAGCUGGAGGAUGCACAGCCAAAAGUUAGUCAAAAAAAUUCUCGAGUGGUUUUUGAAACAGCUGUAAACCAAUUUGGCAAAACAAAUACAGAUGUUUGGAUGUGGUAUGUCAAAUACGAAUCAAAAUUUGGAAAACCUGAUGUGGUUUCAAGAAUAUACGAACAGGCGAUCAAAACCUUGAAUACUCAUUUAGUAGACGUUUUUAUCUCUGAAUUCCAUCUCCACAAAGCUGAAGCAAUAAAUGACAGAUCUUCAUCAAACAAUGAAACAGGCAAUGGGGUUUAAAACCAAUCUUACCAUAAAAUAACAUAUUAAAGAAGUUUUUAGAUCAAAAUGAAAACAGAAAGAAAAGCCAACAAUUUAUUACUAUUUUGUAUUAUAUUUUUCUAUAAUAUUAUUAAUUCAUAA